CUAUGAUGUCCCCUAUUCUUCUAUUUUUGUAACUGUUUUUUGUACAUUUCAUAUUAUUCCAUCUUCUUCUUCUUUUUUCUCCUCUCUAUAUGGAAGAGAAAAACCAACAUCUCCUUCAACCUCUCAUAAAACCAACCACAAAAAACUCUGCCAUAUACCCCUCCUCCAAUCUUGAAGUUGAUGAAAAUAACCACAAAAGCACUUCAUCAAAGACAAGUAUAAUUCUUAGGCUUGUUGUGGUCAUUUUUGCAAUAGUAGUCUCCUUAUGGGCAAAUUAUGAAGCCUCCAAAGGUUUUUCCAUAACAAUUGUCAAUGAAGCUGAUGCUACAUUUGCAAAGAGGCGUUUCGAUCUCUUUUUUGUAUCGAACGACGAAGCCACACGUUUAGUUUUGAAGACAAGUAAAUUUGUUGAAAAUAUUCUUUAUCCUACUAGUGAUGUUGAUUUUGGUCAAUCCCAGAAUAAGAAGCUAGUUAAACAUGUCAUACUCCGACUAUCUAGCCGGAAUAUGACUCGUCCAAUCAUCGUUGAGUCCCGUGACAACAACGUUGAGUUUGUUCUACAUAUUAGUCCUUCAAUAUUGUAUAGUCCAAAUUAUAAACAUGCCAUGUCUUUGGCACUUCAAAAAGGCAUGGCGCGUAUAUGGCUAUGGAAUGGUCAAGGUAAUGCCCCGGCUAGUCUUGUAAAUGGCAUGAUUGAGUAUAUUGCUAGUUUAGCUAGUUCUGGACGUGCAACGUCAGAAUCUGAAUCUGUCGAGCCAGUGACAGUAGAGCGAAGCUGUUGGAAAAGCAAGAACUCAAGAACCAUAGCAAAGUUCUUGAAUUAUUGUGAGGGGAAAAGAGAAGGAUUUGUUAGGAGAUUGAAUCAAGCAAUGAAAAAUGGUUGGCAUGAGAAAAUGAUAGGUGAUGCAUUAGGAAUACCAGCUUGGUAUCUAUGUGAAACUUAUAAUUCUUCAGGUAAAUUGUUAAAUUAUGUGUAAGAGAAUAUGGCAUUUGGAAGUUGUCAAAAUUAUGUUGGUUAUUUAUGUCAAGAUCAAGCUAUUAUUGGAUGCCAAUUGGCAACAUCAUCACAUGACCCCAAAUGGGUGCACAAGCAGAAGAACAUGGCUAUAAAUUAAAGAAAUUGAAGUGGGGUUGGAGCAUUAUUUCCAUCUAUUUUUCCGAUAAUUGACAACUCACUUUAGAUUCA